CCAGAGGCCACGGCGGCGGCGGGCACCUAUCCAGCGCCGGCGGGUUUGAUCAGGGCCCAGUGCUCAGGGUGGGGAGGGCUGCUGGGCCAGGGACCCGGGCAGAGCCGGCCGCAUGGACCUAAGCAGCAGUGUGGUGGCCCGGGACGUGGGCCCAGGACCCGGCCUCAACAGCCUCCCCCGGCCAGCACCCCACAAGACAGCCAAGAAACCUAAAAAGGCCGUUCUCUUCUUCGAGGUGGAGAUCCUGGAUGCCAGGACGCGUGAGAAGCUGUGUUUCCUGGACAAGGUGGAACCUCACGCCACCAUCGCGGAAAUCAAGAACCUUUUCACCAAGAGCCACCCGCAGUGGUACCCGGCCCGCCAGUCCCUCCGACUGGAGCCCAAGGGCAAGUCCCUGAAGGACGAAGAUGUGCUGCAGAAGCUGCCCGUGGGCACCACGGCCACGCUCUACUUCCGGGACCUGGGUGCCCAGAUCAGCUGGGUGACGGUCUUCCUGACCGAGUACGCGGGGCCCCUUUUCAUCUACCUGCUCUUCUACUUCCGGGUGCCCUUCAUCUAUGGCCGCAGAUACGACUUCACAUCCAGCCGGCACUCGGUGGUGCACCUCGCCUGCAUCUGCCACUCAUUUCACUACGUGAAGCGCCUGCUGGAGACACUCUUCGUGCAUCGCUUCUCCCACGGUACCAUGCCCCUGCGCAACAUCUUCAAGAACUGCACCUACUACUGGGGCUUCGCUGCCUGGAUGGCCUAUUACAUCAACCACCCGCUCUACACGCCCCCCACCUUCGGCGCCCAGCAGGUGAAACUGGCGUUGGCCAUCUUCGUGAUCUGCCAGCUGGGUAACUUCUCCAUCCACAUGGCGCUUCGAGACCUGCGGCCAGCAGGCUCGAAGACCAGGAAGAUCCCGUACCCAACCAAGAACCCCUUCACCUGGCUCUUCCUGCUCGUGUCCUGCCCCAACUACACCUAUGAGGUGGGGUCCUGGAUCGGCUUCGCGCUCAUGACCCAGUGCGUCCCAGUGGCUCUCUUCUCCCUGGUGGGCUUCACACAGAUGACCAUCUGGGCCAAAGGCAAGCACCGCAGCUACCUGAAGGAGUUCCGGGACUACCCGCCACUGCGCAUGCCCAUCGUGCCCUUCCUGCUCUGAGCCCCCCACCCCACCCCAAUAAAA